AUGUGUUGUUUGUGGAAAUUUGAAGCUCUUAGUGGGACACUGCAACAAAGCAUCAAGGGACUGAACUCCGAAUUUGACAAAAAACAUUCAGGUCUCGUCAGAAAUAUAAAGGAACUGAAUGACAUCACUGAUGAACUUGAAUCUGUCCACAAGAACACUACAGUGGGCAGUUUGGUAGGAUCGACAUUAGGAGCCACUGGAGGAAUCACAGCACUAGUGGGUCUGGCUUUAGCACCGUUCACAUUUGGCGGUUCUUUAGCUGUUUCUGCUAUUGGUGCUGUUGUUGGAAUAUCUGGAGGAGUAACAGGUGCAGCAUGUAACAUCACUAACAUGAUCAAGCAGAAAAACCUUCGUGAGACUAUUAUGAAGAUCGUCGAAGACUUCCAGAACACACUCAACCCCAUAAUUAAGCAUCUGAGUACAAUUUCUAACACCAUAGAAGAGCUUCAGCAGGUGGAGCAGAUGUUUUCUGUUGAAAAUAAGGCAAUAAUGACAAGCGUGAGAUCUGUAAAAACCAUUUCGAGCAUUACAAAACUUUUAACAAUACUUAAAACUGCUGAAAUUGGGAGAACAGCUGCAAAAGCUGCCACAGUUCUCAAAAUGGUUGGGAAAAUAUCUGGCACAGUCUCAGCUCUGUUUCUUGUUCUUGAUGUUGUUGGUAUUGUUUAUGAUUCGAUUGAGAUCUCUGAAAUGAAUCAACCGGCACAAAAGAGAAAUGCAGAAGAAAUCAAAUCAGAAACUCUGAAAUUUAUUCAUAAGAUGAGAGAAACUGCAGCUCAAUUCCAGGAGACUCUGGAUGCAAUUAAAAGUGCCAGAGAAAAUAUUAACAGAGAGUUACAAAUCUGUUUUUAAAAGGUGCUUGAAUGCUUUAAAUUGAAAUCACUGUGUUAAUAUGUGCAUUUAAAAACAGACAGAAAGUG